GUUCGAAAUUUCCAGGACAAAUUAUUUUGGGCCUCAAAUUUCAUGAUCUAGUCAUUCGAUUUCUCCACGAAACUGUGUCUUCCACUAGAGAUCACAAGAGAGGAUUUCCUGCUAACUAUCUGCUUUCCAAAGCAAAUUGGAAACUCCUCAUCUCUGAAGUUCUGUCCAGAUUUCAACCACAUUUACCGAAAACACCCGAAAAAAGAGAUCCGUAAAACAGUGAGCCAGGAGACAAGUUUUUUUUAUUCCAUAGCGAUUGCUGAAGAGGUUUGACAUGGCUGAGAGCAGUGAAAAGAAGCCUGUUAGGGUUUACAUUGAUGGCUGCUUUGACAUGGUUCACUUUGGUCAUGCAAAUGCCAUCAGACAGGCAAAGCAACUAGGGGACCAUCUGACCGUUGGAGUUCACUGUGAUGAAGAGAUCACGAAACACAAGGGACCCCCAGUCUACACUGAACAAGAACGUUACACUUUGAUACGGGCUAUCAAAUGGGUUGACGAGGUCAAAGAGGCUGCCCCCUAUUUCUGCAGCAUGGAACUGCUUGAUGAGAACAACUUGGACUUUGUAGCCCAUGGAGAUGAUGUGACAGUGUCUGCUGCUACCGGUGUUGAUGUUUACGACCACAUGAAGAAAUCGGGGAGAUACAAAGAAUUCAACAGAACUACAGGUGUUUCAACCACAGAUAUUGUCGGAAGAAUGUUGUUAUUGACCAAGGCUCAUCACCAAUACUCAGAAGAUAACCUCAACAAGGAUGAAGUUGGCGAGAUAGGGCAGACGCAACGUGAGCGCAUCGACUCAUUCUCAAAAGAGCCUAUGGAUAACAGCACCAAAAGUCCGUACACUGGUACAUCCCAGUUUCUUGCCACAUCUAAGAAGAUCAUACAGUUUUCCUCCGGCAAGGAUCCAAAACCUGGGGAUAGGAUUGUUUACGUUGCAGGAGCUUUUGAUUUGCUGCAUGUCGGUCAUGUAAACUUCCUCGAGGCUGCUUCCAAAAAGGGCGAUUUCCUGAUUGUUGGUCUUCACACAGACCUGAUUGUCAACCGAUACAAAGGUUCAAAUUACCCCAUCAUGAAUUUAAACGAACGAGUUUUGAGUAUCCUCUCAUGCAAGUUUGUCAGUGAAGUUGUGAUAGGAGCACCAUAUACAGUCACACAGCAGAUGAUGGAUCAUUUCAGUAUUGAUUUAGUUUGUCACGGCAUCACCAAAAUUUCACCAGAUAUUGAUGGAAUUGACCCAUAUGAAAUACCCAAGAAAGCUGACAAAUUUCUUAUGAUCCAGAGUAACUCAACGUUGACGACAGAAAUGGUGGUGGAGAGGAUCAUCAGACACAGGCUCGACUUUGAGACAAGGAAUAGGAUAAAGCAGGAGCGGGAAGUUCAGAAAAUAAAUGAAAAGAAAAUGCUGGAUGAGCAAUAGGAGAAACGUACUCAUCCCCCUCCACCCUGCCUGGGGCAUCACAUAGAUCAGACACCACUCCUCUCCACUUUCUCUGUCAUGGGCCACUCUCCACGUCAUUCAGCUCUUGACCUGACCUCUGCCUCAGUGGAUCUUCUCCAGGUUGCGUGUGGUCUACCACUGCUCCUUUUUCCCUGAGGGUGCCAUGUCAAGGGACGACGUGUGAUGCUCUUUGGCUUGGGUGGAGUUUGGAAAAUAAGGGAAAAACAAUGAUAACGGGGGUAUAUUUAUUCGAAUUUGUAAAAAAACUGGAGCUAGUAGUAUUCAGAUGGUAGAUCUAGAUAAGAAAGAAUCAUAUGACAUAGUUUUGUAGUUGCCUGAAUUCUUGUAAAUUUCAUGAAGAAUGAUGUAAUUAUUUUAAUAAACAUGUACAUGUACGACAUGGGUGGAUUAUAAAUUUUUAAUCAACGCUACAUUUUAGAACCUGUAAAUUAAAAACUUACUGUGUAUGUUUAUGGACAAUGUGACUAAUAUUUGAAUGUAUCUGGAGAAUUAGCCAUGAAAAUGUAGAGAAUGAAUUUGCUUGUUGGCAAAUGUGUUGAUUAUGUAGAUGAUAGAAACACUAGAGGGGUAUGAGUGAGGUUACCAGGACGUGUUGUCCUUGAUGUUAAGUCUUAACAGCAACAUAGUGCACAGACAAUGCAAAUAUAGAUCGAAAAUGACUCUCUGAAGUGUCUUUGUAUAGAUAAAGAAUUGAUUGUGUAGAUGUACAUGUCCUGUGUCAACAGGUUUAUGCUGGCUGAUAGGUCUUAAAUCAGCACCAUGUUGGGAACAAAUUGGGAACAGAGUUUUCCAGAAAUAACUACGCCGCAUCUGAGCCAGCCGACGUCUUUCAUUAGAAAUUAGAAAUUUGUACUUAAAUUUGAAAGUUUCAGAUUGUGUAAAUACGUUCUAUGCUGUUAUGACGACAGAUAUCCAUGUCAUUACGAUGCCACGAUUCAGCACAUUUGCAUAAUAAUGGCACUACCGCGAUGUAUAUACAUGUAACUGCUUUUCUAUCUUCCUGGACCACCAUUAAAUACAAAUGGCAUUCCCCUUUCAUAGAGAGGUUCAACUGAGCCUAUUGUUACAUUAUAAACUAGCCUUGGUAUCCUCAUCUAAUCUAAGCCACCAGGAAAAACGAACAGUGUACCCCUUUAAGGACACAUUUUAUCACGAUGAAGGCUUCCUUUGGGAGUACGCAUGGUAACAACAUUUUGUGUUUAAGACUUGUUAGUUUGCAUACAUUUAAAUCUAAGUCAUUUUCUCAGAGUGGUAUAAAUUGAUAAUCUUGUUUUGUUAGGAAACUCUUCAUUAAGAUCGCCAUUCUAGCAUUACAAGCAUGUUAAACUGCUGGUUUAUAUCUUUUAAGUUUUCCUUUUAUUCUAUUUUAAAAUUUUAGCUUGGGGAUGAUGGAUAUCCUAGAAGUUAUAACUUUGCGAGAAAUUUUUGUUGUAAAUACAAAACUGUUUACCCAAUUGACGUAGAAUUUGUUAAGCCUUGCCCUGCAGCAGCCAUUUUUCGGCCACCGCUGACACCAAUGUUGAACAGUGGAGCUAACAGUUCGUUGGGCGUGUUUAGAGAGGGUGCUACCACGUGCUGGUAUGUUUGUAUUUUAGAUAGCACGUCACCCGCAGAGAAAGGGUUAAGAAAGUCGCACCAAUUGCAUGUAGGCUUUGUAGGAAAGGCACCAAUUAUGAUGAUAUAUGGGAAACAAGAGCACCAAUAUGGCACAUGUAAGGACUAAGGAAAGUGUAAAUCUUUCAGAGUGAUAUUUAUGAAAGUAGAAGAAGUAGAUCAUCUUUCAGUGCUCUCAAAUCAAAAGCACAGUAAAAUUUGUAGCCAUAAACUUAAACAAUAUUGAUCUCUGUUGAUUAGUUCGAUGAAGAUUUUGUCUGUACAUUAAGCACUGUCAUUUAAUUUUAUUGCUAUACACAACCAUAGAUUAGGAGAUGCUGGAUAUACAUGAUAUUCAUGUACAUGUAUAUACACCCUGCUUAUGUCAUUUAUUAGAGGUGGCUGUUUAUUUGUUCGGUUUCAGUGAAAUGGGAUAAGUAAAAAGCAUAUUGCCA